AUGGCCGAUGCAAGCGCAAGUGCCACUGCCAAGGCCAGGGCCGGGUACCAGGCCUCCAAAAACCUGGAAAACAUCGUUCGCAAGUUCGGGGAGCUCACAGCUGAGCGCGAGAAGCGUGCCAAGACCCAUGAGGAAGCAAUGGAAAUGCUGGUCCGAGCUCAGAAAGAGCUUGACGACAAAGAGAAGGAGUUGAAGGCAUGCACUUUGAAGUACGAGAAGUUCAUGCAAGACCUCAAGGAGAAGCAGGCGAGGCGGGACGAGCUCCGGGAGCAGAUGGAUGAAGCAAAAAGGCAAAUGCGCGCCUUCGUGACAAGCGUCAAAGAUGCUUGCAAGAAGACGACCUACCUUGCCGAGGAUGUGAAGGCCAAGUACCACGCCGCAGAACGCGCUGCCGAACGUGGGUGGUCUUGCAGACAAACCGGCAAUAGUGUGCUGACACCACGGCCAGGAGUCGUGCAAACACCUCGGACGCCCCGGUAA